CAUUGUAGUGAUUCCACUGCAGCUGAAGCUCUGAUAUCACUCAAAACAAGGAUAAAAUGUACUCAGGCACUGAAGACAAGGCGACUAGUCUAGCUGACAAGCCAUAAAGCAGAACAGUAGCUACAAAGUAACAUGCAAUCGCGCUAGAACCUAAUAGCACAGUACGCGCGCAUGCGCAUUUGGCGCGCGCACGUGCCCUUUCUGCGCGCUCUUUUCGAAGCAAAAAGAGUGUUUUAACCAUGGAGGAUUGGCCGUGCUGUGGCGAACACGGGGCUCCAUGUGUCCUGAAGACGGGGACUCGGUCAGGCCCCUCAUUUGGAAGAAACUACUUCAUCUGCAGUAGGAGUACCCCAUGCCGUUUCGUCCUGUCUGCAACAGAGGCUCCAACUAUGGCGUGUCCUGUCCAUGAACAAAUGGUGACAGUAAGAUGCCUGACUAAAGAUAAGAACAAAAUGAUCCGGUAUCGCUGCACAGGGUCAAAGGGGUCGUGGUGUGGUUUAACUCAGUGGAAUGAAGACAAGGAGAACUGUAGUCCAAACCUGUCCGUUACCAGUGGAACACUCUCUCCUGUCAAGAAGAGAGUUGUGGUCUCCAGUGAGGAGGAGGAGGAGGAAGAGGGAGGAGAGGAGGAGGAGGAAAAAGAAGUUGACGGGGAAGGAGAAGAUGAGUUGGAGGAAGAGACUGAAGAAGGGGCGGUAGAAGAGAGAGUGGAGGAAGAGACUGAACUGGGAGAGUUCGAAGAAGUGCAAGAGGUGGACGAGGGAGAGGAAGAAGAAGAAGAGCAAGAGGUGGACGAGGGAGAGGAAGAAGAAGAAGAGGGAGAGGAGAGGAAAGAAGAAGAGGGAGAAGCGAGGGAGGUGGAAGAGGUGCAGGAGGAAGUGGAGGGAGAGGUGGGGGAAGGUGAAGGAGCAGAGCAAGUGUAUGUUUCUGAUGAAAGUAGUGGUGUUAGUGGAGAAGAUGGUGAAGAAAUCGGAGAUGGAUCGGUAAAUGAAGAGGGGGAAGGUGGUAUAUCGGUGAGUGAGGAUGGGAGAGGGAGGAAAUGGCGGGGGGAAGGGCAAGGAAGCAGUGGGGAGGAUGAAGAGACUGAGGACGAGGAUGAGGAAGAAGAGGAGGUGUUGUGUGAGAUAAUGCCACCGGUGAUUGUCAGUGGAGAGAAAGAAGAGAUGAGUGAAAGUGAAGCAGUGACAGUGGGGAGUGGGGGAGGAGGAGAGGAGGGGGAUUGUGAGGUGGUGGAGGUCGAGAAGGCUCCCAGUCCGGAGUUUCAAGGUCGGGAGUCAGUACAGAACCCUCUACAGGCAGCUACAGCAGAUCGAGUCUCUGCUGCAGAACAUGGCACACAGACUUCCUGACGGAGGAGUCAAGUUGAGAGAGCAGCGGAAAAUGGUGAUGAAUAGAAUCAGUGAGAUGAAGAGGGUCCCUCCUCCUGACCUCUCUGCCAACAGACCUGUACACGCUCCCAGCGGAGGUGACAAGUUGUUUCAGAGAGGGCUCAACCUGCAGGCAAGACUUCUUACCUCGGGGGUCGUUGAACAGCUUCACAGGUCCUUGGAGACGUGUCCCACAGCAGACACACUGGCUCCACAGCCCUCGGAUCUCACUGCCACGCUCUUCCCUCACCAGCAGAGAGCCCUGGCCUGGUUGCUAUGGCGAGAGAAGCAGACCCCCAGCGGAGGGAUCCUCGCUGACGAGAUGGGACUUGGGAAAACCCUGUCCAUGAUCUCGUUAAUCCUCCAGAACCCCUCGGACCACUCCCACCACUCUGACGAUCUGAUGAGUAGUCGAGCCACUCUAGUGGUGUGCGCGCCCUCCCUCAUCCAUCAGUGGGCCGCUGAGAUUGACUCCAGACUGCAUCGUAAUACUCUCUCUGUCCUCAUUUACCACGGUUCCAAGAGAACAAAGUUCCCUCAGGGACUGGCAGACCACGAUGUGGUGAUCACUACAUAUGACACAGUGGGAGCUGAGGGCGCAUCUUCUCUUGACACUGAGGAGGCGGGGACUGGAGGUAAGAGGAGACGUCGAGUGGCGUCCACUACCACUCUGUUCCAGGUCUACUGGUACCGCGUCGUCCUUGACGAGGCUCAUAAGAUUCGUAACCCCAAGACAGCCAUGGCUGUCGGUGUCUCUGGACUCAAGAAAGUCCACAGGUGGGCGGUGACAGGGACACCAGUGCAGAACAAACUGACAGACCUUUACAGCCUCAUCAAGUUCCUGGAGCUAGCUCCUUUUGACGACAUCAGAGAAUGGAAACAUUCCAUCGAGAGGAAAUCGGUGGUGGGUAUGCAGAGACUGAGGACCAUGAUAGCAGUGCUGGUACUGAGGAGGAGCAAAGAGGACAUUGCCUCCACUCACAAACUGCCCGACAAGAUCAUAAACACACACACCCUCGACCUCGGCAUGGAGGAACAGAGUAUCUAUGAUGCUCUGUUCACUGAGGCCAGGAAGGUGUUUGUGAGGUUCCUGACGGAGCAGAGAGGAGAGGGAGAGGAGACAGACUCGCCAGCCAAGACCAACUCAACAGGCAACACCCCACCGGCUGUCCUUCUCCCACCUCCCGUCCAGCGUUGUCUUGACAACAUUCUCGCUUCAUUCAAAGACGGCUCUGUGAGACAGGGAGCUGUGUUGGUGAUGUUGCUCAGGUUGAGACAGUGUUGCUGUCAUCCUGGGCUGAUGGUGAGUGGAGCACAGGAUGUAGACCUGGAGGAGGGGCUGGAGGAGGCUCUGGACUCUCUCUCCCUGGAUCACGUGACCCGGUUGAAGGAUGUGUCACUCCUUCCACCACCGUUCAGGGAACAGAGACUAAGUACAAAGAUCUGUGAGGUGCUGAGGGAAGUGAGGAGGAUAAGAGGUCUUGAUCCACCAGAGAAAUGUAUCGUAGUGUCCCAGUGGAUUGGUCUACUGGAUAUCGCCAGGUUCCAGUUGGACUCCGCCGGGAUCUCCUGGACCAGCAUCGACAGCAGAGUCUCUCCCAAACAGAGGAGUUUGAAUGUGUCCAGUUUCAACUCUGCCAAACCUGACCCUGCUGUGAUGCUGCUAUCGAUGAUUGCUGGAGGAGAGGGACUGAAUCUUGUCGGAGGUAACCACGUCUUCAUGUUGGAUCUCCACUGGAACCCUGCCGUGGAGCUGCAGGCAACAGACCGUGCACACCGCAUGGGGCAGACCCGAAAUGUCCACGUACACAGGUUUGUGUGCAGAGGAACAGUAGAAGAGAAGAUUCAGCUCCUGCAGACCAAGAAACUGCAGCUCUCUGCCUCAGUACUCUCAGGGUUAGCCAGCAGAGCCUCUUACACACACACCUGCCUAAGAUCUUCCUCCUCCUCCUCCUCUCCCUUUCUCUCUCUCUGCAGAGCUUCCAGACCAAAGCAAGGGAACAGACUGACUCUGCAAGACCUCAAAGUUCUGUUUCAAGUUGAGUAGCUAACUAACCAACACCAACAGUAAAACUUUUAAUCUCUCUGAUUCUCGCUCACUUCAACAAUCUUUCCACUUCCCCACAUGAUUUGUUCUUUGAGUUCAAUGUAAUUAUUCACACUCAUCAUCAUCGUCUAUAUACAAAUACCUUUAUGUAUGUACACUACAGAAGAGACAAAUAUGGAAAAUGACGACAAACAAUGACCGGCUUGGCAACAGGACCAGAUUAUAGUGUCACACACGCACACUGCAGAACACUAACUAUGAGUAGCCUGUGGCAGUGGGUAUGUGGAGAA